AUGGCUCAGAACCAGAAGACUCUUCGUCAGUUCUCAGCCCCGUCCAGCAGCCACAUUCCUGUUGGACUGAAUCAAGACCAAGCCGGCAAUGACGGUUUUGAGUUAAAGACUAGACUAGUGAACAUGGUCCAAUCAAGUCUAUUCUGCGGCAAGGCAUCUGAGGAUGCCAAUGCUCAUCUCCAGAACUUUCUAGAGGUGAGUAGUACUAUCAACUCCAAAGGUACUAUGUUGGAUAACGUCCGCCUUUGGCUAUUGCCGUUCUCAUUACUCGGGAAGGCCAAGACAUGGUUCUACACCAACAAGGAGGCAUUUACUACAUGGGAUGCUUGUUCCAAUGCAUUCUUGGCCAAGUAUUUUCUAGUGGGCAAGACCAAUGCCCUUCGGAAAAGAAUUUCUGGAAUUCAGCAACUCUCGGAUGAGACCAUCCCAGAAGUUUGGAAACGCCUCCAGGAUUACAUCGCAGCAUGCCCACACCACGGCAUGGAGGAAUGGCUGAUCAUUCAGAAUUUCAUCCAUGGCCUGACUCAGCAAGCUCAGGACCACGUUGAUGCAACAGUGGGUGGUUCGUUCCUCUCUCUUAAUGUUUCAAGAGCGACAACACUGAUUGACAAGAUUGCUUCCAACCGGAGUUGGAAAGGAGAAAGGCAGCCAGCCAGACCCAAGGGAGUUCACCAGAUCGACAGUGUCGAUAUGCUGGCCGCCAAAAUGGAUCUUCUCAUGAAUAAGCUGGAAUCUCCACACCAGGAGGUCAACCAGAUUAUGGAGUCUCGGAUGACAUGUGAAACAUGUGGCAAGACUGGGCACUCGGGCAAUGCUUGCCCAUUAUCUCAAGAGGACGCGAACUUAGUUGGAAACAACAACUCCAAUAACUCAGGAUUCCACCCUCAGCAGGGUUGGAAUUCGAAGCCCAACCUCCCCUUCGGUCAACAACAAGGUAUGAACUUCAACAAUAACAGUUUUCAGCCCACACUAAAAGACCUAGUUUACAGCCAAAAACAAAUUAAUGAUAACAUUAGUAAGAAGCUUCUUGCUAAUGAUAAAAUUUUGGAGACCUUGGCCGCCCAACUAGAGGACUUUAAUUCUGUUAUUAAAAACUAG